AUGGAAGCAGUAAAGUCACAAUUUAAAAAGCUAACAAUAAGCCAUGUGUUUUUUGUUUGUUUAUGCGGUGUAAUAGCCUAUUUGUUCCGAGCUAGGGAGUCCUAUUAUCUAAAACCUGUUUGGAGAAAACGAACAGAAACCCAGCAUUUUAUGAACGGACAGUUUCCAACAGAAGACGACAGGCUGCCAUCUCCAAUUAUCACAGACUUAGAAAGUGAUGGAGUGAAUGAAAUAGUGAUUCUAACAAAUGAUAUGAAAUUAAGUAUCAUGGCAUUACCAGAUGAAAAAAAUCAAACGGACGAACAAGCACUACCUCACGUUCAGAUCAAACAUCGUGUUAAACUUCCGAUUGGACAUCACCAGCAUUUAAGCAGACCUGUUGUUAUGGCAACUGGUUUUACUGUGCCUUAUUCAUCUAUGAUGCAAGUUAGGAAACAGAUAAUAGUAAUAGUAACCAGUAACUGGCAGGUGUUUUGUUAUUCAUCAGAACUGGAGUUAUUAUGGAAGAUCAAGUUACAAGAUAUCAGUAAGGAUAUAGAGAACUAUAAGGUUAAAACUAUGGGUAUAUUAGUAACGUCCCAUUCUGUCAAUAAAAACGAUGAGGGGUUGAUUAUUAUUGGUGGUAGUUUUACUCAUAAACAACAUAAACAAAUUCUACAGUCAGAAUGGUUACAUGGAAAUCAUACAGUAGAAAAUGAUGAGUUGUCACAUUUCUCAACGUUUGCUCUCAGUGGUUCUAAUGGUACUAUUAGAUGGCAUCAUUUACCAGGAGACUUUGGUGAGGAAAAACAGGAUAUUAAGGAUGAUAGUGAAGAACAUCAUUGGAAGUUGGGAUUAAGAAGAAAUCGUUUGCAUGUUGGUGAGUCGCCAUGGACAGCCUACAGAGAUACCAUUUUAGACUUUUUGCCCCACAGUUGGAAUACACUAACAGACACUACUUUCACUUUAGCAAGAUUUCAGAAAGAUGCAAGAAAAGCUGAAUAUUAUGAAGAUAGUGAAAAACAUCAGCAUCCAGCUAAUGCUCUAACAACAGAACAUAUAGUAGGGUAUGCUUACGGUGGACAUAGACCACAUGAUGCUCAUGAACAUAUUGUAAACCCUAAUGCUGUUGUAAUACACAAUGACAGAGGUAUUGAAGUAUUAAAUCUUCUCACCGGACAACCGAUCACAAGAUUUACAGUGUUGCCAGAUUAUUCUAUUUAUCUGGAUACAGACAGCGAUGACGAGGCAGAACGAAUAACAUGGGGACAAUUUCCAGAACAUACAGCUUGCUAUAUAGAAAUCUGGCGACAGAAACCAGUCAUGGAGAAAAUUGAACAGAUACCAGUCUGUACGACAAAACGGUUGGUCUGGACACGAUCGUGGAGUUUAGAAGAAGAUUAUUAUAAAAAGAUUCCACCAAUUGUUAAGAGAGGGGUAGCCAAGAAGCGUGGGAUACUACGGCAUCUAAUGGGACAUCACCUGUCAGGAGAUCUCAACUAUGACAUCAUAUCCUUUACCAGUCUCGGUCGUGUGUCAGCUCUAGAUUUUGAAGGCAACUUUCAUUGGCAGACCCAAACGGCCGCUAGCUGGGCCGAAACUGGUGUCAGUGUUCGUAGAUCUAAAGACAGUAACUCAGAUGUGGCUCAAGAAUUUCUUAAAUCCUUCACUCCUACUCGAACUUUAACUUCUUUACAAGUUUCAGGAAAACAGGAUGUAGUAGUAAUAGGUGGCUUGAACACUAUGACUAUACUAGAUCUAACUGAAGGUAAUAUUAUAGCUGAACACUCUAUACCAACACCGUCUAUAGGUCCUAUAGUAGCUGGUGAUUUUAAUAAUGAUGGUAUUACUGAUGUUAUACUCUCCUGUAGACUCGGAUUUAUUGGUUUUGAAGUAAGACAAGAGACCAAUCACCUGUAUACUAUGAUGUAUGCUGUAGCUGUAUUACUAGCUAUCUUAUUGACUACAUGGUGUAUGGCUACAGAUACAUAUCUAAAAGAGGAGGGUUAUGAAGAUUGA